AUGGAUCAAAAUCAGCCCAUAUCUCUUCCCAACAACUGUGCAUUUACAUGCCCUGUGAAGUCAGGAUCAGUUUAUAACAUAUCAAUUAUUCGUCUUCCUAUUCCAAUGUAUGAUGGAGUCCAGACUGGGCAUGGUGCAUUUCAAAUGGAUCAACGAAUCGAAAAUAUUCGUAUAGGUAAAGCUUGUAACAAUACUCAAGCAAGUACCAUUAAAGUGCUUAAACGUACAACGGCUAUGCUUGUGUGCAACAUCUCAUACGAUUGUCUAAUUAUUAAUUCUGAUAAGUUAGCUGUGUUUAAAGAUGAUACUAUUGCAGAACAAUGUACAUUGAACUUGACUUAUUUUCCUGUUAAUGAACACACAAAUGUUAUUGUCACAUGUAUUAAUAUUGCAAAUAACGCUGGUCGAGAUUGGAAAUUUGUAUUUGGUAGCAAAAUUGGUCACAAAUCAAAUGUUGUAAAUGAAACAUUUGUUGUUACGCUUGAACCAUUUCCUCUAAAUAAUAUAACAAGUUUGAACAUGAAAACGGAUGAAAGCAUAACAUUAGCGUCGAUGAUUGUACCACAUUGUGACCAAAUAGCAGAAAUGAAAUAUCUCAGCUUCCGAUGCGGGUUUGAUAACAAUAAUCAACAACCUCUUCCCGACAACUGUACAUUUACAUGUCCUGUGAGACCAGGUUCGUUGCUUUUUGUAGGAAUCAUUCGCCAUCCGAUUCAAAGACAAAACGGAAGACCAAGCGUUAAUGACACAUUUACAAUGGAGUCACGAGGAUUCUAUUUCAAUAUAGGUACGACAAAUGUCUGA